UCUUCACAGAUCACUAGAAGAUGUGGAAUCAGUGUUAAGUUUUGCUAAAUUAGAAAGAAGUGAUAUAAAACCCAAUACACAAUGUGUUGUAUUCAGUGAAGAACUUGAUAAUGAUAAGGUCAAAUUAAUGGAAUUAGAUUCUAAUAUUCUACAAUGUCUAACAGUUGGUGACAGAGUUGUAAUAAGGGGAGAUAAAGAGGAUGGAGCUGUUCUAUGUACCCUAGAUAAAACCUAUGAUAUCAAGGAAGCUGAAACGUCUAAUUCAUUAUUAAUAAUACCAGAUCUAAAAUUUAGCCAAGAUUUACCAUCAGAGGGAGAUGUCCAUCUUACUUUUAAUCAGGUAACCUCAGUAUUACAGACCUACUAUGAACUCCGACCCUGUAAACCUAAAUUAAAGAAAUUAAAAGAAGUAUUAGAAAGAAAUCCCUAUAGUGGUAAAGAAUGUGAAAAUGAUGAACACCAUCAGGGUAAAAAGUAUACAUUGAAUGAUUUAUUAGAUACAAUACAAGCUAGUGAAUCAGAGAUAUUACAAGCUCUUCAUCAAUUUAAAGCUUGUCACAUAGAUGGUUAUUGGAGAUUACUGGAGUUUGAUUUUUUAACACAAGUAUUAAAUCAUGUUCUACAGUUAAUAGAUGAGAAUGAUUGGUUAGAUUCUGGUAUACCUUUAGAAGAAUGUUGUCAGACUUUACAAGAUCUCUUUCCCAGGUGUGUAAUAAGCCAUGUUGUAGAAACUUACUGUGAUAAAAAUACUACGUCAGAUGCUGUUGUAUAUAAAAUCAGUGAAGAUAGAGUUUGUAGAUUUUUUGCUGAGUUAUUACUACGUGGAUCAGGGCAGUUUAAUUAUAAAGAAUUUUUAGAAGUUUGGCAACAGAGCGUACCUGAAGGAAUGAAAACUGAUACUUCACAAUUAGAGGGGCUGGCAUUAACAAAUCUGGACUGUAAUAUUCCUGUUAUUUGGCAUUUUCCUGUUGAAGAUUUACCAGAAGAUAUUCAGGAAAGAUUUGAAUUCCUGUUUAAAACUCGAGAAAAAUGGACACGAGAUGACAUCACUCCUUAUAUCAAAGACUUGACGACAGAGAAACUAGAUGUUGGUGCUCUGUUAACCAGGUAUGCUAGAGCUUCCAUGCAAAAUGGUAUUAAAGUCUUCAAUUCAAGAAAACAAGUGACAAAAUAAAUAUUUUAUACUACUGU